UUUAGUUUGAAAUUCUUUUUUCUAUAGAUUAUAAGUUUUUUCCUUCAGUCUGGUCGAGAUGCCCCAGGUGUCAGCACAGGAAGUUCUUGCAUUGCUGAGGAUCUGCCUAGAGAAAUCCUCCCUUCAGCAGAACCUCCCCUAAGACCCACAAUUGAACUUGAAAGAGCUCAGACAACAAGCAAGGAGCACUUUCUUCCCAAGUACUGGAAAAACGUUAUGGCUGCCAGAGAUAUGGGGUGGAUAUCUGACAGGUUGUACACAUCCACGGGUGUGAUCAGAAUUGAUCAACUAGACUGUUGGCAGCACCCACCACAGCCUCGUCUUCUGUCACCCGGAAAUUACGGUGCACCUAAUCCUGACUCAUACUUUUUGCAAAAGAUGUUUGUUUGGUCACCGGGGCGAAUGUUCCAGAUCCCACUUAAGUGCAACCGCUGCGGCAGUAGGCUCACCAGAAAGGGCAUUUACAACAGGCUGCGAGAAGUGGUUGAUGUGGAUUGUAAAUAUUAUUUGAUGACUGAGUAUUUUGAAUGUGUACGGUGUAUCCCCCACAUGACCACCAUGGGGUGGUCAGAUGUUAUCCUGAGCCAGUUGGAUGAAGGGCAUCGAUUGAUUUUUCCAGCUAUUUUGACCCAGAAGCUGGCCAUUGACAAAAAGGUUGUCAAACUUCUGAGAUCGCGGACCCUGGGAAACAGUUCUAAUCAACUACAGAACACCCUUCAAGAGCUCCACUCUGAAGAAUGGAUGAGGAAGGCCAUCAUGUACCUUAGUGACUGCCAGCAGCACAUUAGUUUGGCCACAACAGGGAUCUUGCAGUAUGCUAGGCCAGCUGCUUAUGGUCCUCUUCCACCACCCCCUCAGAUGCAUGAUGCCCGCUGGUUAGUGACCUGUUUGAGGAAUGAUGCCCUUGACAGGAUUGAGUAUGUAAAGGGGCAGCUGACAUCAGUGUUUGGGCGUGUGCUCAAAAUGGAUUCCACCAAAAAGUUGACUAAGAAACUGGCAGGUGCCGCAGAGGGUUCUGCAUCUUGGGUAACAAAUGUUGCCAAUGAGAAUGGGGAAAUACUGAUUUCAGUGUUUACUUCUGGGGAGGGAGCCAAGUUAGAAAGGAUGGCAGCAGGCCUGGUGAAGCGGUAUAAGGAUGCCAAGCAGCCCCCACCUGACCUUCUCUAUGUUGAUAGAGACUGCUGCUCGGCAUCAGGAGUACCUAAGUCCUUGAAGCUUUUCAGCCCUUGGAAAACAAUUGUCAGGCUUGACAUCUGGCAUUUCAUGCGCAGAUUUGCAGUUGGGUGCAUGACUGACAACCACCCACUGUAUGCACCAUUUCUAAGAAGCCUCUCAAACUGUAUAUUUGAGUGGUCAGCACAAGACGUGCAGCAGUUGAAAUCAGCCAAGAGGAGGGAACUCAUCCAGCAGGGGAUGAAGAAUCCGACUGACUCUGUGGUGGAGAAGUCCAUCACAAAAGGGGAGCUGGCCCUUCAUUGCAGGCGGAAGACAAGAGGAGUCAAGGAGACAACAGCCAUGAUAAGGAACCUCAUACAAGAAAUGUCAGGGAUGACAGAUUCCUGUGGAGUUCCCCUCAUUGACAAGGAGAGGAUGUUAAGAAUCUGGGAUACACAGCAGAAACAUAUUCCUUGCAUCCAGGACCCUGAGGGGUAUUCCCUGUACACCAUCACUGGUUCUCUGAGGAAAGGUGGUCAAGAUCUGACUACAUACAGGUGUGCUCGUGGAUCAACUUCCCUGGAGUCUUUUCACCUUCACCAAAACAGAUUUGUGCCAGGUACCCGGGCCAGUGAUGUCAAUAUGCAGCUGUAUCUGCUAGAAGGGUUGGCACGCUGGAACAUAGAUCGUGGCAGAGAUGCCUUGGAGGCACCUUCUCCAGUAAGGUGUUAUGACACCAAGAUGAAACUGACUCUUAAUGCCCUUAGCACAUCAGUGCUAGGUUAUGACAUCAUUAAGGACUUCCAGCCCCCAGCCAAAUACACUGGUGAACUCAUUGGCAUUGAGUAUCUAUUGGGUCAGACCUCAGUUGGAAAAGAAAUGCUGGUAAAGGAAGAGGAGAGAAUGGAAGAUUUACAGGCGGAAGACCCUCUUUUUGCUGAUGAUCUUACACUAGUAGACUUACAGUCAACAAGAUUAGAUGUCCAGGAAGCAGAAGGAAAGCUCUCAGCUGGCGAAAGACUGUUUCCCAUUCCGGAAGAAGAGACCCAGUAUGAAAAAGAAGAGGAACAACAAUCAAGUCUCUUGUUUCCCAUCCCGGAGGAAGAACAGGAAAACCGGUCUAGUCUCUUGUUUCCCAUCCCGGAGGAAGAACAGGAAAGCCGGUCUAGUCUCCCAGAGGAAGAACAGGAAAGCCCGUCUAGUCUCUUGUCAAGUGUGGACUGGAGAGGGAUUCCGGGUUGGGACAAGGUGGACAGGCUGACGAAUCACCUUCUCAAUUUCACAGAGAUGUCUCUCACCCCUGACGAUGUAAUGACGUGCAUCAUGUUGUAUGAUGACCUGGAUGAUUAUGAUAAACAAAGGACUCCUCGGCCAUACAUAGAGCAACAGUCUGCCCUGUCUGGAAGAUUCAAAAAGGGGAAGUCCAAAUCCACUGUGUCUCCAGAUGUGGAGAGAACAAGAAGAAGUUUUCUGGGUGCAGGGGUACCUGCAGCUUCUCCUGCCAUCAACAGAAUUGUGGAGGCACUGUGUAUAAAACUUUGUGCCAAGUUCAGAAACCCUAGGAAGAGAGGGGAUGUUACUGGAUGGAAUAAGGUCGUAGACACCUACACCUUAAUCAGCCAGGCAGUCCUGGGCAAUGGUCACCUAAUGGAGCGCACCAAUUUAGUGCUGCCACCCAUCAACAAUGCCACCUUGCGUUCUUGGUAUCACCAAAGGGAGAGACGUCAAGAUGUGACACAGCUGCUACUUGGUGCCACUCUCCCUGGGGCCAAGCUGUCAACUACACCAGAUCUCCCAGAGGCACGCCCCAAGCCAGUGCAAACCUCCCUCCCGCAUGGCCUGGUGGAGAUGGGAGUGUCUCUGGUAGAAAACAGAGCUGGCCAGGAGGUCACCCCAACCAGGGCAAAAAAAGGGAGUGCCAUGCCCCUCAGUAUUCAACCAUCUUUUGCUGUGCCCAAGUCGACCUCAUGGUACCAAAAAAAAAGGAAGGCACAAGAGGAGGAGGGAACUGUGGGCAGAUACAAAAUGAAAAAGGAUUUUUUUGCCUGCAGUUCCUGUGGCCAACCUCGGCGAAAGGAGACUGGGCACAGGCAACUGAAGGGGUAUUGGCACUGCCCUAACAGUGCUUUGUCAUACGAAGCUUGGAGGGAAAUAACUCUUCAAAAAAUUAAUGAAAAAAAAGAAAAAAAAUGAAACAAAACAGUGCUUUUAAAAAAUAUAAAUAAAUAAAAAUUGUGGAAAAUUGUCUGUCAGAUUUAGGUUUAGUUUUUUUUUUCUUAAAGUUGUGUUGAUUAGAUGCCAUGUAAAUUGACACUUGGAUUUUUGUAAGUUAGAAAUAAUAACAGCUCUACUGCUGUCAUCUUAAGGGUUAUUUUAAGUUGUGUUAAUUGAAUUUCAUGUAAAUUGAUACUUGAAUGGAUUUAUUCUAGGGUUUCUGAACUUUUGUCCAGGACUGCCUGGCUGAUUAAGGUGUAGGUGACCUUGUUCCAUCCAGUAACAUCCCCCUCUUCCUAGGGUUUCUGUAAUUUGCACAUAGUUUUAUACAUAUUCCUUCCACGAUUCUGUUUAGGGCAGGAGAAGCGGCAGGUAACCCUGCACCCAGAAAACUUCUGAAAUGUAAUAAAACUUGUCCAUCUUCCAGACAGGACAGACUGUUGUUCUAGGUAUGGCCGAUGACUCCUUUGUUUAUCAUAAUCAUUCAACAUGAUGCACAUCAUCUCUGUGAAAUUGAGAAGGUGAUUCGCAACUCUACUGCUGUCAUGUUUAGUUUAUUUAUGUUGUGUUGAUUAAAUGUCAUGUUAAUUGAUACUUAUAUUGAAUGGAUUUUUGUAAGUUAGAAAUAAUAACAGCACCACUGCUGUCAUGUUUAGUUUUUUUUAAGUUGUGUUGAUUAAAUGUCAUGUAAAUUGAUACUUAUAUUGAAUGGAUUUUUGUAAGUUAGAAAUAAUAACAGCACCACUGCUGUCAUGUUUAGUUUUUUUAAGUUGUGUUGAUUAAAUGUCAUGUAAAUUGAUACUUAUAUUGAAUGGAUUUUUGUAAGUUAGAAAUGAUAACAGCACUACUGCUGUCAUGUUUAGUUUUUUUUUAAGUUUUGUUGAGUGAAUGUCAUGUAAAUUGAUACUUAUAUUGAAUGGAUUUUUGUAAGUUAGAAAUGAUAACGGCUCUAUUGCUGUCAUGUUUAGUUUUUUAAGUUUUGUUGAUUAAAUGUCAUGUAAAUUGAUACUCAUAUUGAAUGGGGUUUUGUAAGUUAAAAAUAAUAACAAUAUAUAAAUUA